GACACAGGGGGAAGGAAUAAGGUAGGGAGCUUCCUCUCUCUCAGAGUCAGCUCUGGUUAUUUCAGCAGCCGCAAAAGCAGCAGCUCGAGACAGUACAAGCCCCCAAAUUGGGCAAAGCAGCAGAGAAACAAACUAAGCUCCUCAGAUGGGAAUUUUGCUGUGCUGUGUAUACCUUCCUGGAUUUUGAAAGCUGAAUGCAUUAUUCGUAGCAUUGUUGAUGAUAAGCCCUGAUCUAUCGAGUGCAGUCCUGCCGAUUCUGGUGUGGGAGAUGUGGACUUGAGAGCAGCGUUAAGGCCAAGGAGACCGAAUGGCUGCACUCCAAGAGAAGCGAUACCGCUGACUCUUCAGCUCUAGCAGCCCUUGUGAGCAACCCUGAAAGAAGAAUGGAGGAGCCAAGCCCAGCAUGUCCUGAACCGGGGGAUGGAGCAGGCAAAUCUCGGGCCAUUCAGGCUGGGGCAAUAAGCGACUUUCUGAGGUGGGCCACACCGCAGCAUGGUAGGGUUGAGAGACAGGAGGGAAUGCCACCACACGGAGAAGCCCAGUGGCAAGAAAUCCUAAAAACGGUACAGUCCUCUCACACAGGCUGGGCAAGUUCUCAGCUGCCAGAGUUGCCUCCGUGGGACGACCUGCCUACAUUUGAGCGGGUAGCUGAUGCCUGCCAGUGGCCGCGAGGAGAGGGAAUGGCCAAACUCGUGCCAAAUCUCAGUGGAGAAGCACAGCAGGCCUUUAACAACCUAGAAACCAGAGACAGAGACUAUGGGAGGGUGAAGGUUGCCAUCCUGAGGGGAGACGUUGCAAGCAGGGAGACCCAGCGCCAGCGCUUCCGCCAGUUCCACUACCAAGAGACUGAGGGGCCCAGGGAGGCCUGCAGCCAAUUGCGGGAGCUGUGCCACCGCUGGCUGGAGCCAGAGAGCCGAACAAAGGAGCAGAUCCUGGAGCUGUUGAUCCUGGAGCAGUUCUUGACAAUCCUGCCAAAGGAAAUCCAGAUUCCAGUCCGAGAGCGUGGACCAGAGACCUGUGCCCAGGCUGUGGCCCUGGCAGAAGGUUUCCUUCUGAGACAGCAAGAGGGAGGGGAACAGGAUCAACAGGCAUCGGGAACAGUCCAAGGAGGGGGCGCAAAUUGCUCUGAAGCUCAACGGCCUCUGGCUAACACCAGGCAAAGGCAAACCUACAAGGAAGCCCGGCAGCAGGACAAUGGGAAUGCCAGCUCCCCGGGUGCCAAGUUUUUGGGAAGAGCUGGACAGUGUUUCCAGUGUCCAGACUGUGGGAAAAGGUUUAGGGGAGAAGAAGAACUCCGAGCUCAUGGUGGCAUCCACAGGAAAGACAGACCUCAUGCCUGUGCUCAGUGUGGGAAAAGGUUUACCCGUCCCUCAGGCCUAGCCAAACAUUUGAAAACUCAUUCAGGGGAGAAACCCUAUCACUGUGAUCAGUGCCCAAAACGUUUCAUUCAGAUGUCACACCUCACCAGACAUCAGAGAAUCCAUACCGGGGAGAAACCCCACCCCUGUGCCGAAUGUGGGAAACGCUUCAACUGCCCAUCAGACCUGGCCAAACACCAGCACAUCCACACAGGUGAGAAACCCUUCCGCUGUGCUGAGUGCGGGGCAAGGUUUAACCAGUUCUCACAUCUCACAAGACAUCAGAGAAUCCACACGGGAGAGAAGCCCCAUGCGUGUACUGAGUGUGGGGAAACCUUUAGCCAACGGGCACAUCUUAUCAGCCACCAGAGAAUUCACACAGGAGAGAGGCCCUAUCGCUGCACCUAUUGCCAAAAAUGUUUUAGUCAUCUUUCAGCUCUCACAGUACACAAGAGGAUCCACAUGGGCCAAAGGCCUUACGGUUGCCCUGAAUGUGGGAAGAGGUUCAUCGCCUCAUCCGCUCUAACCAGGCACCAGAGGACCCACUCAGAAGAAAGGCCCCACACCUGUGAUGAGUGUGGCAGGAGAUUCAACCAGCUCUCUCAUCUUCACAGGCACCGAAGGACCCACUCAGGUGAGAGGCCCCAUACCUGUGCGGAGUGUGGGAAAAGAUUCAAUCAGCUGUCUUCUCUCACUAGACACCAGAAAAUCCACACAGGAGAGAAGCCUUAUCCCUGUGAUGAGUGUGAGAGGAGGUUCAUUCGGCUGGCUGACCUCAUCAUCCACCAGAGAAUCCACACAGGAGAAAAGCCGUAUCGCUGCACUGAAUGUGGGAGGAGGUUUCGGCAGAGACAAACGCUUGUCAAGCAUCAGCGACUUCAUCCAAUAACAAAUUCAUAAUCUAUAUACGUGGAACAAAACAAAUCCUUCCUGCCUUUGGGUUUGCAUCCAAAAAACAGAUGUUCUGAAACCUGAAAUUUUAAAAAAGUGUGUGUAGGACGGGGAGACAUUUAAUUUUACUAUUCCAGUUUGCUAUCACUUUAUUCAUAGCCUCUCUUUGUUCCUGCCAAGGAAACUGUUGCAAUAGUUUCCAAAACGUUUUUUACAAAGUUAAAAUCUACUAGAACUUCUAGCUGAAUGUUGUUUUUCAGAAACAAAAAAAUCACAUUCAUCUACACAUGCAUGCAAGCUGUUGAACAGGGGAUGCUUCCCUCUGCAAUGUUUCAUUGACUAUAUCCAGCGAUCAAGGAUAUUUUUUUGGCACUCUGAAUAUACUUUAGAGUUGGGAAGAAUGGAUUUUUCCUUAAAGAAUCUGCAGAAGAGUUGGAGAAAUAGAGAUCAAAGGAGUUGAAUGCUCUGAGCUGACACUUUUCUGCAUAGUUCUUGUAGUAAGAUGAGCCUCCACCUUUAUUAACCCCACUUUGUCUCUUCAUCAUCUCCCCACCAUCUCCACCUUAAUAGUGUGUGGGGUAGCACUCCCAUCUCAGUUGCUGAUUUCAGGCAAACCUCCAAGUUAGAUGGAACUUCUGUUAUUAUUUUAUGUAAUCCUUUGACAAAAGAGUCUUAUAGUCAAUGGGUUGUAGCCAGCUAAAUCCUACUCAGAGUAGACCCCUUGAAAUUAAACCUAAUUUAGUUGUGUCCAUCAGUUUCAAUGGAUCUGCUCUAAGUAGGACUAGCUUUGAAUACAACCUUAUAUCAGCAACCUUUGAGGGGGAUCAUGCCCACUUUUCCAGAUGGAGGGGCUGAAACAGACAAAGUGAAAUGCCCAAUGUCAUGUAGCAAAUCCAUGGUGGAGCUGGAAUUUCACACUCCAAAAGAUGGCUGGCUAUGCAUAUACUGGAUUGCACUGACUCGCAUUUCCUCCCUCCUGUUUUCUCAUCACACCUUUUACUUCUGCUAACAGGAACAGAAAGGAAAAUGUGACACCUUGCUCUUUGCAUGGACCUUGUUAUGUAACUUUCUGUUAUUUCCAUUUUCCAGAUGAGAAACUGGUGGAGACAAAAUGAUUUGUCCCAGGCCACCCACCAAGGCAUGACAUAAUUAUUGCUCAAGUGCAGGUCACUCUUGCUUUCUUGAUCCAUCAGAGUAGAAUUAAGGUCACUUCCAGACUAUCAGUAUUGUGAAGAGAUUCAAGUGCAUACCAGAAAUUUAAUUGUUUGUACAAUUAAAGUGCUCUGUCAUGCUC